AUGACGACCCAUUUGCGGGCUGUUGCACAUCCAUUCCUCCAGGCAGCGCGCCGGAUGAGCACGGGGGCGGGCAUGCCCAUUCGCAAGGUCACCGUCGUCGGCGCAGGGACGCUGGGCUCACAGGUCGCUUUCCAGACGGCGAUCAGCGGCUUCGACGUGGCUGUCCUGGACACUCAGGCCGAGAGCCUGUCGCGCUGCCGGGCGGCGCAUGACGCUUUUGCCCAGCAGUACCUCGCACGAGAAGGGCCGAAGCAGGCACGUGCCUGGCAGGGCCUGGCCAGCCAUUCCACAGCAAAGGAGGUGGCCAAAGCGGCACUAGACCGGCUCGUGUACACCACCGAUGCGGCCGAGGCAAUGGAUGGAAGUGACUUGGUCAGCGAGAACGUGCCAGAGAUCGUGGAAGUCAAGGCAGCCACGUACAACGCGUUGUCUGCGCACGCCUCGCCAGAGACAAUCUUCACCAGCAACUCCAGCACCUUGCUGCCCAGCCAGUUCGCGGAGGCAACCGGCAGGCCCGCACGUUUCUGCGCACUCCACUUUGCCAACGGCAUUUGGGAUGCCAACAUCGGCGAGGUCAUGGCUCACCCAGGCACAAAACCAGAGGUCUUCGAGCGAGUGGUGCAGUUUGCCAAGGAGAUUGGCAUGGUGCCCCUCCGCUGUCAUAAGGAGCAGUCUGGCUACAUAAUCAAUACCUUGCUCGUUCCGUGGCUGAAUGCUGCUCAGACAUUGGUCACAAAGGGAGUCUGCACAACAGAAGAUGUCGACCGGGCCUGGGUGAUCUGUUUCGGCAUUGUCAAUUCAGACAAGGGGCCGUUGGGCAUCAUGGACAUGAUUGGACAGGGCACGGCGCACAACGUGUUGAAGUACUGGGGUGCGAACCUCCCCGAUGCCCAGAUGGCCGCCAAUGCCGACUACAUCAAGAAAGAGCUUCUGGACAAAGGCAAGCUGGGUUUGUGUGGUGGCGAUCCGGACAAGGACAAGGCCACCGGCUACUACAAUUACCCGAACCCGGCGUGGAAAAACCGUGACUUCCUGAACGGCACAGAGUGA